AAUAUUUUAAAUUAUUGCUGAAACUUUAAAAAAAAAACACUACUACUAAAUACAAUGCAAUUUGUUCACAGAGAGUCUAAAUAAAAUUGGAUACGAAAGUACUUUUGUUCGUUUAAAUUAUACUGCAUUUCUAAACAGAAUUUUCUUCAUAAGUCAUGAUUUCAAGGAUUUUGAAAAUAGAAUGUUAAAAAAAAAAAAAAAAUGUUUAUCAGAAAAGCCUGUACCAGAUGAUGCACGAGCAUGUUCAGAAUUAAAUGAUGCACAAAAAUGUUUAUUUAAGGAAUCUGAAAAUAAUUGGGCGUAUCGCUACGAAUGUGCCAUGUUAACUCCAAUAUAUCAAACUGAAUUAGAGAAUCCACAAUCCUGGUGUUAUAAUAUAUUUGCAGCUGCUAAAAAUAAAGACCCGACAAGUUCAGCUGCUAUGAAAAAAGACCCGACAAGUUCAGCUGCUAUGAAAAAAGACCCGACAAGUUCAGCUGCUAUAAAAAAAGACCCGACAAGUUUAGGUUCAUUUAAAAGUAAGUAUAUUUAUUAAAUUUAAGUAAAAGCAUCAAUUUAAAAUCAUAAAAUUAAUGAUGUAGGUAAUAUGCGUACCAACAUUUUUGAUUUUUUAAAAGAGAAGAUUAAUUAUAAAGAAAAAUAUUUAUUGAUAAAUCGUUAUAAUCGAAUUCAUCAUUCCAGUGACCUAUUUAUAAGGUUGCGAAGGGGUCUGGCAUUUUCUGAUCUGUGUACUAGGUACUGUACUAUAUUAUAAGAAAUGCUAAAUAUUAUAUGGUAUUUAAUCUAGUGAUCCCCCAUUAAAAGAUUUCUGGCUAUGCCACUGUAUGCAAGUAUAAAAAAACAGCAAAAACAAUUUUAUCUAUUUUUUUAUCUAGAUAAAAUUAUAUUUAUCUACUAUCUUUAUCUAGAUACUUUUGGAAUUUCUAGAUAAAUUCCCCUCAAUAAUCUAUUAUCUUUAUCUGGAUAAUAUUUUAGUUAGGUAUCUAUUCCCAACACUAGUAACGAUCAUGCGCUUGAAGCGUAUUAAGUAUAGAUGAUUGUAAGUGUAAAUGUCAUAUUCUUUGUAAAAUUUAAAAUAUAUAUAAUAUAUAUUGCUUUUUUAUGAUCGUACUUAAGUUUUUUACACUAUUAACUAUAUUUUAUAGGCUAUACAAAAAAAUAACGAAUAACAUAGUGACCUAUACUAUGGUCUAUGAUGAUCGUUCUUUACAAUACAAUAUAAAAAAGUACACAUAAGUUAUAAAAUAUAUGCUUAAAAAUCAUUCUAUAAAAUAAUUAAAUUCAUCAUGUGAUUUAAAUUCCUGUUAUAUUAUGCAUAUUAUUAUUUGAUACUUUUUAUGACCGGUAAUUGUACUAAGAACAGUCUGAAAUAUUUUCUCUAAUAAAUUACGUUUUGGG